UAAUCAACAUAAAACAAAGAUUUAUUUAGGUUACUCAGGUUAGUGGAAGGUCAACUAUGACAUCAUUGCCAAGUUUUUACAGAUAAAAUCCCACCAGUGACAAAAAGAUGAAGGGUGUUGUCUUGUUUAUUACAGUGUUCACGACUGCUCACGUGCUGGUACUAGGAGCUGGAGUAACAAAACAAUGCCGUCACUGUGAUAAUGUUAGAGGGCCAGAAGUGUGUAGGCAUUUUCAAAAUUGUAAACAGCUCUGUGUGACAAAUGUGCAAGACAUCGGCGGAGAAUACAUUUUUAGUUACCACUGCGGGCCUCACGAGGAUUGUACGAAGGAUGCGCACUAUCAUCUUCAUCAUAAAGGACCAGUUGUAUGCCGAGAAUGUUGUCAGUCUACAGGCUGUGACCAGCAUUCAUGCUCUCAAUACUUUGAAGCUCCCUCUACCACUACAAAAAUAACAUCUACACCGCCAGCAACAGCAACAACAACACCGACGACAACAACAACAACUACUAAAGCACCCCUUGUUUCUAAAGGGUGUAACAACAUGGAUGUGAUAUCAGGACUAGUCAAGGGGAGCAGCGUGUCUCAUCCUGGUACCCUAGUAUGUCCGGAUGGUGUAAACCAGCCCAGCGAGGCGCUAAUUCAAGAAUAUUGUGGUGCUCCGGCUUUAACUAGCUGGAUCCCAGGAGAAAAAGUCCUGGAGAACUGUCCCCGUAUCCCCAGCUACACGGCGAUAGCUGCCAUAACACCAGUUUUCGGUGGCGCCACCGUCGCCGGUGUUUUUAUAAAAUGUGAAAUGAAUGGAUUUCAGGCGGCAAUCCAAACAUGUGGAUCUCAGCUAAAGAUUCACCAUGUGUCGACAAACACUACUACGGAUAUCCCAAGUGCUGAUAAGUUUGUUUUAGUGGAUUGGAAAAACUGAUAUUAUAACAUUUGACAAAAUCAAUGAGUUUCUUCUACUAAAUGAAAUUGCCUUUAUUUAUGCAAUACAAAUAUAAAAGAUUAGUCCGAACUUUAAUAAUAACAAACAUGGUAUCCCCUAACUUGUAAUCAGUGUUGCUAUGUUCAUUAGUACUUUUAGAUUAUGGAGUCUCUUAAUAUUUGUAAUUUCUGUUGGAUUUAACGUCACCCCGAUUCAACCAUAUAGGCCAUAUAGCGACUUUUCUGCUUCUGAUGCUGGAGGAAAGCAAUAUGUGCUCCUUUAGCUUUUUGGUGUGUACCUGGUUAGAACCACAAGUCGCACAUGACUUCCCCAAAUGAAACAGUUCUAUGUCUAAAGCGCGGUUUCGGGCCAGCAGCGAUGAGGGGCAAGUGUUUCGUUAUCACCUGCUUGAACUGCUUGUCCACAGAUGCCUGCUGUAUUUAUAAUAUUUAUUCGGUUUAAGUCGGAGCUAGGUAACCUCUUAUGAACAAACUCAAUAUAAAAAAAAACUUGAUUGCGUUCUGUUUCAAAAUGUUACUCUUAUCACAGCCACGUUCUUUUAGUGCAGUACGGCGGCCAUAAUAUAUAUUUCCGUACUUGUCGUCGGUUCAGUAUAUAUCUGUGUAAUAUAGUUUGGUUAAAACGUGAGGAUGUUGCACGUGUCAUUAUCUACAAUAAACAAAAUCAAACUUACUCUGCUAUUGUUUUAUUUUGUAAUGAUAAAAGUUUCAAGAAGUUCUUCCGUGGUUAAGACUAUUCAUUUAAUUUUCCAUAUUAAUUUUGUGCAUUCAAUUUUUAUGACCACCACCACCCGCAAUAUCAACGAUAAUAUUAUUGCAUUUAUGUACACUGUUCAUUAUUAUUCAUGAGUUCUCAUACAUUGUAGGCACCACAAUAGAUAUAAUUAAUGAUAUAUCAAUCAUUUAGUGAUAUGUCACUGAAUAAAGUUAUUUUUAGUUGUUCAGAUGUCAGAUGCGAAGGAAUUAUAUAACAAUACGCAUUUGAACGAAAACUAAUGAAUUUAUUUCACGAAUCACGAGCAUGUUACUAAAUAAGAUAUAUAAUGUCGAUUCUAACACGUUACCAAGGAUUUUUAAGUACAUCCUUGACGACAUCCAUUAAAUAUUUGCAUGUUUUCUGUUGGUUUCUUUUCCAGCGCGCCGCUAUGCCGUCUGACGCUAUGACGUAAUACUUUUGUCGUCAGAGAAAUUAAUUGUUGUUUAAUAACACACAGUUUUCAGCCUUCUUUGUUUUAUAGAAAGAUGGAACGGGUCCUAUUAGAAUUCAUAUCUACAUAUAAAAAUGUGCUUUUUAUCAUCUACACCUUUUUUCAUAUUUUUUUUCCACUAAAUUAUACUGAAAGAAUACUAAGGAUAGAAUUUUCAAAUCAUUAUGUUAGGGGACCAUGUGUUAGAAACUCUAUAGCCAACUAUGUUAUCCUCUUUAAAUAAAGAUGUUAUUAUUAUCA